AUGCAACGGUCUAUGUGUGUAUGUGUGUGUUAUAUGCUCUACCGUGCGGCUCAUGAUCUAUUACAGGUGCAAAAUUCCAAUCUCUGGUGUCUACCAGAAAAUUAUCAGAUGAAGUAUUAUUAUUACCAUAUCAUGACGUGGCCGCAGCUUCUUUAUGUGGCGGAGGAACGUGGUGGCAAGAUUGUUGGUUACGUGCUGGCUAAGAUGGAAGAAGAGGCAUCAGUGCCCCAUGGCCACAUUACAUCGUUGGCAGUGCUGCGUACACACCGCAAGUGCGGCAUUGCUACUAAGCUCAUGCAGGCUGCUCAGCGUGCUAUGGUCGAAAGCUUUAAAGCCGAGUACGUGUCGUUGCACGUCCGUGAGGGUAAUUUGGCUGCCAUUCACUUGUACCGCAUCACACUUCAGUACCAGGUGUAUGACAUUGAAAAGGGCUAUUAUGCGGACGGAGAGGACGCAUACGACAUGCGCAUGCCAUUUACGGAAAAGUGUAAACAGGCAUUUGCCUCGCAGGUGAAUCGCUACAAGAAGGUGCUAGCAGAAAAGGAUGCUAAGGCUGCCGAGAAGGUUUCUGCGUAG